UCAAGAAGAAAAAGAAAACAACAAUUCAGGUGGGUUUAAAGAUUUUGAAAAAAUUUUUGAAUCAAUGAAAGAAGAAAAUAAAUGGAGAUUAAGAUCGGGAAGGACAGUAGAAAAUGUUUGUUUUAAAUCCAGACUGGAAUUUAAAAAAGAACAUCUGAUUCAUUCAUUUAUUUUGGACAUAGAAGAUUCUAAAUUAGAUGAAAUUUUUACAAAGGAUGAAUUAGAUGAAAUUAAAUUAUGCAAUUACCAUUACAGUCCACAACUACCUGAAGAGCUAAAAAAUUAUAUCGGAAGAUUUGAUAAAACUACAAUAGCAGAAGUCAGAGAAGAAAUGAAAAAGGCAACAGAUCGUCUUGGAGCUUCAUAUAAUAUCAAGAAGGAUUUCAAAUAUGAUACAAUCAAAUAUUCAAUACAUAGUUUAAUCCAACAAUAUGAAAGGAAUCCAAAUCCUUUCUGUAUGGAAAAUUUGGAAAAUUGGUAUAAUGUUAACAUAUGGGGACCAAUUGUAGACAAAUGUUAUAAUGACAUUGAUUAUAUAAAUGUAGUGAGGGGUGAAUCAUGCAGUGUUGCAAAUUCAAUUCAAAAAAAUCGUGAUCGUGAUCUUUCUUCAAGAAAGGAAUUAGGGAGUCGAGUUGAUUCUAUCAUAAGGACAUGCUAUGGCAAAUCUUCUAUUGUUUUAGAAUGUGGUGGUUCUGAAGUAGCAAAGAACUAUGAAGGAAAGAAAUCUACAAAAUGGCUCUCUGAAGCUGAUUUAAAAUUGCCGAAGGUUCUCAAAGACAUGCUUUUGCUAUUAAACAGUCAUGUUUCUGAUAUGAAAGAAAGAAGGAGACUCGUAACUGUUGGCUACAUCCAUGGGGGUCUUCAACUUAUGUUUAUGACUUUAGAUAAUCCUGCUGGAUAUGUUUUCCAUCUUGUAAAAAGUUCAUUAUACAGUAUUCCUGUUUCCUUCCAAAAUUUUACAGAAGCACUGGAGUUGAUUGCUGCUGUAUGGACAAUGAAGCCUGUGAAAUUUGGUGAUCCAAUGAUAAAAGGAGCUGAUCAAGAAAAUCAAAACACUAAUAUCUCAAAAAAAAGAUCUAUAUCAAAAAAUGAUACUCUGAUUUCAAACAAGAGAAUAAAUAUAAAUGAUUGA